AUGGCGUCCCUCGUCUCCUCCCCCGAAGAUUCCAAAUCGCUGUCCGUCACCACCUCAUCGCUCUUCCUCUCCUCCAUCGCCUCGCUCCCCUCUUCCCACGCCUUAUCCAUCCCCACCUCCGCCUCCACGCCUCUCCCGCCCGUCCCGACCUCUGUGCCUCCCGCAGCGCUCAUCCCGGGCUCCCGCUUCCUCAUCCACGCCUUCCGCCAUGCCGGGGACUUCUCUGUCGCUUACUUUCUCUCGCACUUCCACUCCGACCACUACAGUGGCCUCGGCCCUUCCUGGCGCCGCGGCCUUGUCUUCUGCUCCGCGCCAACCGCACGCCUCGUCUCAUCCGUGCUCUCUGUCCCGCCUCAGCUUGUCGUCUCCCUCGAUGUCGGUGUCCGUAUCAGCGUUGAUGGGUGGAGCGUCACCGCCGUGGACGCCAAUCACUGCCCCGGCGCCGUCCAGUUCCUAUUCACCUCCCCUGGGCCGAGCGCCGAGAGGUAUGUGCACACCGGUGACUUCCGUUACACAGAGUCUAUGACGCGCGAUGCUAACCUGCUGGAGUUCGUCCGUGCUGAUGCGGUGUUUCUGGACACCACAUACUGUAACCCCAAGUUUACAUUCCCUUCGCAAGAGGAUUCUGUGGAUUACGUAGUGAAUGCAAUCAAACGUGUGAAAGAUGAGAGUUCAGUAUCAGGAGAGCGUGUGCUGUGUCUGCUGUGUCUGAUCGCGACCUAUGCGGUCGGCAAAGAGAGGAUUUUGCUGGAGGUUGCACGGCGCUGUGGGUGUUCAAUCCAUGUGGACAGUAGGAAGAUGAAAAAUUUGACAGUGUUGGGGUUCGGUGGGGAGAAUGGCGUUUUUACUGAGGAUGCAACAGGGACAGAUGUGCAUGUUAUUGGGUGGAAUAUCUUAGGGGAGACUUGGCCCUACUUCCAGCCGAAUUUUGUGAAGAUGAAGGAGAUCAUGAUGGAGAGAGGGUAUGCGAGGGCUGUCGGGUUUGUACCAACUGGAUGGAUGUAUGAAACCAAGAAGGAAGGUUUUGCUGUUAGGUUUUUGCACCCAAAGAGGGUGAUCCCUACUGUUGGCGUGGAUGCUGGGAAGCUCGAUAGUAAGGAGGCAGUUGCUCUGCAGAAGCAUUUUGCUGGGUUGGUCGAUGAGACAGCAAACAAACAGGAGUUCUUGAUGGCAUUCCAUCGUAGGUCGAUAGAUGCUACUCAUAGCUGCAAAGAUGUGGUUGCUAAAUGCUCGAGCCAGCAUGAUGGGGAGGAUGCUGCUUUGUUACCAGCAAUCACUUCUGCUUCUGAACAACAGGGUACUCUGAGGGAGAAUAUUACGCAGGAAAUGAUUAAAGAACUAUCAGAUUUCCUACCCUCGUGGGUCAGCCAGGAACAGAUCACGGACCUGCUGAUGAGUUCAGGUGGUGAUGUUGUUAAAGCAGCAUCUGAUUUUUUUGAGCGGGAAAGAGAUUUCUUUGAAGAAGCAAAUGUUUCUUGUAAUGACACACCCAAGUCAGAGAAAAACCAUUCUUCUGAUCAGGGGUCUUCUGCUGAUGUAAGUAGUCAGCAAGAAUCUCCUUUAUUUUCGCAGAAGCCAGUGGAAUACUCUGCAAAGCUGGUAAAUUUGUCUCCUAUGAGAAUGAAACUAAAUACUCCCAAAAAGGUAAAUAAGAGGGGUUCCAGCACUACAAACAAGCCAAAAAAGAAAGGACGAUUAACUUCCUCAACAGAAUCUGGUGGGCGCAAGCAGUCCACAAUUACAAAUUAUUUCAUUAGAGCUACAGAAGCCACAGAAGCUGCUUUUAAAAGGGUAAGGACUGAAAAAGUAACCGUGGAGGCACAUCAAAAUAAUGUGGAAAAUGGUGAUCAGUUAGCUGAUACUGCAAAAACACAAGAUCAGAGUUUAGACCAGCUUCUCCAGAUUGUAGAUGGUUAG